AUGGACUGGGACCUCAAUAUCCUCGCCACGCCCGCCCGCCCAUGGAAGCCCGCCGCCAUGUGCACACCACCGCCCUCGCGCAGCCUUGCCGACGAGCUUCACAACCACCACCACAACCAGCAGCCCAUCACACCACUACAACCCGCGCGCCCACCACCGCUCGAGACUCCCAGCCGCCUCGUUGGCUUCUCGCCCGGCCUGUUUGCGUCGCCCGACCUGUUCAGCCUAGCCGCUCCCGACCUGGGCCUGGCCUCCGUCUACGGUGACCCCUUCGCUGCGUCCGUCGCCGACGACAGCAGCUGCUUUGGCCCCGGCCCGUUACUGCAGCGCCCGCCCUCGCUCCCGCCGCAGCAUGACCUGCCCGCCGCCUACAGCGCUAUCGCCAUCGCUACCUCGCCGCGUCCGCCCCCCCAGCCCGCACCCGACGACCCAGCGCUGUUCCUCAGCUCGCCCGCCCGCCGCUUCGGCCUGUCCGAUGCCACCGCGCUCUCCUCCCCCCCUCCGCCGCCGCCGCCGCCGCCCACCCGCCCCGUUGAGACCCGUCAGCCCUACCACUAUCAAACUGAGGCCUGCGAGCGCGAGAAACGAGACCGUCUGGCUGGCAAGCUAUCGCUCGCCAAGAAUGCCGCCCGCCGCCCACAUACCACCCGCGUCGAGAGUGCUGCCUAUCAUCCGCCCGCACCCGCCCCAAAGCCGGGCAAGCGAAGUGUCACCCAUUCCGGCACGCCCGUCCGCCAUCAGCGCCAGUCCUCCCUCUCCCUCGCCGCCGCGGCGCCCGUGCUGGGCGGUGCUGGCGUGAAGAAGACGCCCUCCAAGGGCCGCUCCUCGCCCCUCAAGCCCACCGUCGUCUCCCGCGCUCCGCCUAUGGAGUCGCUCGUGCUCAAGAUCUCCAAGGAUGGCCUGGCCACCACCGAGAUGAAGCUUCUCGCCCGCGACUCCUCCACCGAGAUCGACUCCGACUCGUCCGACGGCGAAGAUGACGACGAGGACCGCUUCACCCACAGCCAGAACCCGUCCUUCGCCGUACCUGUCGCUACGCCGCGCCGCCCCGACUUCAUCCGUGCCCAGUCCACCUCGCGCCCGCCCUCCCACGGCUCCGCCUACUCCUCCUCCACCCACUCGCCCUGGACCGCAUCCUCACACUCACGCCGCGCCCGCACCUCCUUCCAGCGAGACCACACCACUCCGACCAAGUCCGCCCCACGACGCUCCCGCAGCCACUCCCUAUCCGACUCCGACACGCCCCACCACGAUUCCCGCCCCGGAGACGCCCAGCACGCCCUCAUGGAGGUGCUCAAGUGCCGGAAACGCCAGUCCAGACCGCUCGCCCCCGGCUCCGCCCGCACCGUGUCCCACUACUCCCAGUCGUCCGCCCUGUCGGCAUUGCCCUCGUCCCCGCCCUCAUAUCACUCCCGCUCCCGCGCCACCGGCAGUGCUUCGCCCACAACCCUGAUAGAUACCGAGCUCCCGACUCCAGUCGCCGAUCGCCAGAACAACCCCAGCACCGGCACGCGCUGCGUUUGUCGAUCCAUGAACAACGGCGGCCAUUUGAUGAUCCAGUGGUAUAGUCUCCCUGUUGCACCCAUCCAACCCUCCCUCUAA